ACUGUGCCACUUACACCAAGUACAGAUCCAGUGAGAGUAAUCACUCCAGCUGGAAAAGACAAACCUGAAGUCUUCCAAGAAAUUGAGGGCAAUCCGGAUCCAGCAAAUCCUUCUCUUUAUGAAGUUCCCGUCAAUGGUCCAGUAUCAAAAAUUCUUGUGCCAGAAACUAGCUCGGUAUCUGAAAUUGUCAUAUGCCAGCAUGAGACAACAGGGACAACCACAAGUGGAACAACUACAACCAGUGCAACGACAACCACAAGUGGAACUACCACAACCAGUGGUACAACAACCACAAGUGGAACAACCACUACCAGUGGAACAACAACGGAAACGACCCCAUGUGACAAGAUUGAUCUGAUGAACCCAAGUGAGAACCCAUCACCAGCACCGACAUCAUCCCCAGUCGGUAAUGGAGGAGACAACCCUCUGUCGGAAAUACCUUUGGAAGAGUCACCCUUCGUUGACUCAGUGAAGGGCACAUCUCCAACGAUCUUCACUUCAGUGCCUUCUCAGGAAACAACCAACCCUCAGGAUACUGAGUUCACUGUCAAACCUUCGACUGAUAAGAUUAUCUUGGUAACCAAAGAGAAACCUGACGACUUCACAGUCAAUGGGACACCAGUUGAUACCUCUAGCAGUACCGAAGGCACCGUUGAUGGCACACCCGUUUUCCUCACUACUGUGCCACUUACACCAAGUACAGAUCCAGUGAGAGUAAUCACUCCAGCUGGAAAAGACAAACCUGAAGUCUUCCAAGAAAUUGAGGGCAAUCCGGAUCCAGCAAAUCCUUCUCUUUAUGAAGUUCCCGUCAAUGGUCCAGUAUCAAAAAUUCUUGUGCCAGAAACUAGCUCGGUAUCUGAAAUUGUCAUAUGCCAGCAUGAGACAACAGGGACAACCACAAGUGGAACAACUACAACCAGUGCAACGACAACCACAAGUGGAACUACCACAACCAGUGGUACAACAACCACAAGUGGAACAACCACUACCAGUGGAACAACAACGGAAACGACCCCAUGUGACAAGAUUGAUCUGAUGAACCCAAGUGAGAACCCAUCACCAGCACCGACAUCAUCCCCAGUCGGUAAUGGAGGAGACAACCCUCUGUCGGAAAUACCUUUGGAAGAGUCACCCUUCGUUGACUCAGUGAAGGGCACAUCUCCAACGAUCUUCACUUCAGUGCCUUCUCAGGAAACAACCAACCCUCAGGAUACUGAGUUCACUGUCAAACCUUCGACUGAUAAGAUUAUCUUGGUAACCAAAGAGAAACCUGACGACUUCACAGUCAAUGGGACACCAGUUGAUACCUCUAGCAGUACCGAAGGCACCGUUGAUGGCACACCCGUUUUCCUCACUACUGUGCCACUUACACCAAGUACAGAUCCAGUGAGAGUAAUCACUCCAGCUGGAAAAGACAAACCUGAAGUCUUCCAAGAAAUUGAGGGCAAUCCGGAUCCAGCAAAUCCUUCUCUUUAUGAAGUUCCCGUCAAUGGUCCAGUAUCAAAAAUUCUUGUGCCAGAAACUAGCUCGGUAUCUGAAAUUGUCAUAUGCCAGCACGAGACAACAGGGACAACCACAAGUGGAACAACUACAACCAGUGCAACGACAACCACAAGUGGAACUACCACAACCAGUGGUACAACAACCACAAGUGGAACAACCACUACCAGUGGAACAACAACGGAAACGACCCCAUGUGACAAGAUUGAUCUGAUGAACCCAAGUGAGAACCCAUCACCAGCACCGACAUCAUCCCCAGUCGGUAAUGGAGGAGACAACCCUCUGUCGGAAAUACCUUUGGAAGAGUCACCCUUCGUUGACUCAGUGAAGGGCACAUCUCCAACGAUCUUCACUUCAGUGCCUUCUCAGGAAACAACCAACCCUCAGGAUACUGAGUUCACUGUCAAACCUUCGACUGAUAAGAUUAUCUUGGUAACCAAAGAGAAACCUGACGACUUCACAGUCAAUGGGACACCAGUUGAUACCUCUAGCAGUACCGAAGGCACCGUUGAUGGCACACCCGUUUUCCUCACUACUGUGCCACUUACACCAAGUACAGAUCCAGUGAGAGUAAUCACUCCAGCUGGAAAAGACAAACCUGAAGUCUUCCAAGAAAUUGAGGGCAAUCCGGAUCCAGCAAAUCCUUCUCUUUAUGAAGUUCCCGUCAAUGGUCCAGUAUCAAAAAUUCUUGUGCCAGAAACUAGCUCGGUAUCUGAAAUUGUCAUAUGCCAGCACGAGACAACAGGAACAACCACAAGUGGAACAACUACAACUAGUGGAACAACAACCACAAGUGGAACAACUACAACUAGUGGAACUACAGGUACCCCUUGUAGCAAGGUAGACUUGAUGAACCCACAGGAUAAUGCAGCCACACCAACACCAGACGACCUUGGUCUGUCAACGAAUAACCUGUUGGAAUUCCCACUGUCGGAUAGCCCACUGGUUGAUAGUGUAACUUCAACAUCGCCCUCCCUGUAUUCCCCUGUGGAGGAAGCAAGCCCUGGGGGACCAUUUGCCGUCCAGCCAAGAACCAAGAAGAUUCUUCUUAUAACAGACACAACACCGACUGAUGUCAGUGUUAAUGGUCAACCUGUAGAUACAACCACAUCUGUUAGUGGCAAUAGGAAUGGCAAGCCUAUCUUUGUGACUGUUCUUGACAUAACAGAGGGUGCACCCGUAACUAUUACAACAACGGGGGGAGCAACGAAGCCGGAAGUAUUUGAAGAAGUUGAAGGAGAGAAAAUCCCUGGAACAGACAGCUUCAAGGUUCCUAUCAAUAAAGAGCUUUCGAGCAUAAUUGUGCCAAAGGACACUGAUGUUGAAAAGAUCGAGAUCUGCGAACAUUUAACAACAGGCACAACAACCAGUGGAACAACAACCACAAGUGGAACGACAACCACAAGUGGAACAACAACAACCAGUGGUACAACCACCAGUGGAACUACAACCAGUGGAACUACAACAAGUGGAACUACAACCAGUGGAACUACAACAAGUGGAACAACCACAAGUGGAACAACAACCACAAGUGGAACAACAACCAGUGGAACUACAACAAGUGGAACUACAACCAGUGGAACUACAACAAGUGGAACAACCACAAGUGGAACAACAACCACAAGUGGAACAACAACCACGAGUGGGACUACAGCCAAAGUGUGUGAGGACAGCGAUUCUGAAAGCACAGUGACUCUCACUAGUGGUCCUUUGACUGAUACAACAAACACAAGAGAACUUGUUCGGGAGGAAUUCCAGGGACAGAUAAUGUCUAUCGAAAGUCCAGGAACAGAACCUGUGAAGAUUUUCACAAUUGAUCGUUUGCUUGCUGUCAAUAAUGGAGAUCCAGUUACUGGACCUAUAUUUAUUGAAGAGUCAACAGUAGGAACCAAGGUCACAGUCACAGCAGGGAACGCUGAAACGUUCAACGACAAGUUCACGGUUGUUGAGCCGGCUGGAAUCGAUCAAAUUACUAUAUCGAGUUUAAGUCCUGGGGUCAAGAUUUACUCACUAACAGAAGUGACAGACGCCGCUCUCCCACUGAAGACGAGUCCAACUGGUUCAACGGAGCUCCUUGUCAUUGCCAAUAAAGGAUUCUCAUUCAACCAAGUCACCAUUAAGGCAUGUGUGAAGACCCUGACAACCACUGCAACAACCAGUGGUACAACAACCAGUGGUACAACAACCAGUGGUACAACAACAAGUGGUACAACAACAAGUGGUACAACAACAAGUGGAACAACAACAAGUGGAACAACAUCAAGUGGUACAACAACAAGCUCUACCACCGUGUCCACCACUACUUCGGCAACCACAGGGACCUGCAAACAUGAAAGUCUCACCGUAGUAGAUGUACAAGGAGAUUCUGCUGCAACAUUGGUCCUCAUUAGCCCCAGGCCCAACGAAUUAGUUGGCGAUGUGAAUCUCGAUUUCACUGGAACUGCCAAGGUGUUUUCGACACUUCAAGAGAAAACUAACCCAUCCCAAACCUCUACACUGGAUGUGACAGAGGAAAUGAAGGAUGAAUUUUCUCUGUUGGUUCGUGGGAAUACGCAAGGCACAUUUGAAAUAACCGAGACAGUUGGUGGUUCAACUGUUGCGUUUACUGUUGAAAUCAGCACACCCACGAUUACUUUGGUUACUGUGAAGAAUGCUGAUCCAUCCAAACAGCUGACAAUUAAGGAUCCCGAAGAUUCUAUCAGUCUGGAGAUUGUAAAAUCACUUGGUGAUUUCGAUGCUUCAAAACCGAUUACAAUCAACCAAGCGACCCAAAGUAUAUUGGCACUUUUUAAGCCUAAAGCAGAUGAAAGUGCUUUACAGACUGCCAUAACAAGCUCUGGUUCCAUCAGUUAUUGCGGCGAGGAAACAACAGAAAUAACAACCAGCGGUGAGACAACAACGUCCGGAACAACAACGACGUCUGGAACAACAACCAGUGGUACAACAACGACGUCUGGAACAACAACCAGUGGUACAACGACGACCAGUGGUACGACAACAACGUCAGGAACAACGACCAGUGGUACAACAACAACCAACAACGACCUCAGGAACAACCAGCGCAACAACGUCGGGAACAACGACCAGUGCUACAACGUCAGCAACAACCAGUGGAACAACUUCAGGAACUACAACCAGUGCUACAACCAGCGGAACAACGUCAACAUCAACGUCAACUACUACUACGGUGGAAACGACGACCACUUCAGGAACUACAUCAUCUACAACAGCGGAAACAACAGCCACAACCACAUCCGGAACAACCACAUCCGGUACAACCACAUCCGGUACAACCACAUCCGGUACAACCACAUCCACAACGGUGAGAACCCAUCACCACCACCAACACCAUCCGCAAUCGGAAAUGAAGCCGGCGACCCUCUGUCGGAAAUACCUUUGGAUGAGACACCCUUUGUUGACUCAGUAAAGGUCACAUCGGAAACGAUCUUCACUUCUGUGCCCUCUGAGGAAACCACCAACCCUCAGGUGACUGAGUUCCCUGUCAAAUCUUCGACUGAUGAGAUUAUCUUGGUGACUAAAGAGAUACCUGAUGGCUACACAGUCAAUGGGACACCAGUUGAUACCUCUAGCAGUACCCCAGGCACCAUUAAAAACGUUUAUCUCACUACUGUGCCAGUUACACCAAGUACAAAUCCAGUGACAGUAACCACUCCAGCUGGAAAAGACAAACCUGAAGUCUUCCAAAAGAUUGUGGGCACUGUCGACCCAAGUGAUUCUUCUCUUUAUGAAGUUCCCGUCAAUGGUCCAGUAUCAGCCAUUCUUGUGCCAGCAACUGCUAGUGUAACUGAAAUUGUCAUAUGCCAGCACGAAACAACAGGAACGACUCCAUGUGACAAGCUUGAUCUGAUGAACACAAGUGAGAACCCAUCACCACCACCAACACCAUCCGCAGUCGGAAAUGAAGCCGGCGACCCUCUGUCGGAAAUACCUUUGGAUGAGACACCCUUUGUUGACUCAGUAAAGGUCACAUCGGAAACGAUCUUCACUUCUGUGCCCUCUGAGGAAACCACCAACCCUCAGGUGACUGAGUUCCCUGUCAAAUCUUCGACUGAUGAGAUUAUCUUGGUGACUAAAGAGAUACCUGAUGGCUAUACAGUCAAUGGGACACCAGUUGAUACCUCUAGCAGUACCCCAGGCACCGUUAAAAACGUGUAUCUCACUACUGUGCCAGUUACACCAAGUACAAAUCCAGUGACAGUAACCACUCCAGCUGGAAAAGACAAACCUGAAGUCUUCCAAAAGAUUGUGGGCACUGUCGACCCAAGUGAUUCUUCUCUUUAUGAAGUUCCCGUCAAUGGUCCAGUAUCAGCCAUUCUUGUGCCAGCAACUGCUAGUGUAACUGAAAUUGUCAUAUGCCAGCACGAAACAACAGGAACGACUCCAUGUGACAAGCUUGAUCUGAUGAACACAAGUGAGAACCCAUCACCACCACCAACACCAUCCGCAGUCGGAAAUGAAGCCGGCGACCCUCUGUCGGAAAUACCUUUGGAUGAGACACCCUUUGUUGACUCAGUAAAGGUCACAUCGGAAACGAUCUUCACUUCUGUGCCCUCUGAGGAAACCACCAACCCUCAGGUGACUGAGUUCCCUGUCAAAUCUUCGACUGAUGAGAUUAUCUUGGUGACUAAAGAGAUACCUGAUGGCUACACAGUCAAUGGGACACCAGUUGAUACCUCUAGCAGUACCCCAGGCACCAUUAAAAACGUGUAUCUCACUACUGUGCCAGUUACACCAAGUACAAAUCCAGUGACAGUAACCACUCCAGCUGGAAAAGACAAACCUGAAGUCUUCCAAAAGAUUGUGGGCACUGUCGACCCAAGUGAUUCUUCUCUUUAUGAAGUUCCCGUCAAUGGUCCAGUAUCAGCCAUUCUUGUGCCAGCAACUGCUAGUGUAACUGAAAUUGUCAUAUGCCAGCACGAAACAACAGGUACAACAACGAGUGGAACAACUACCUCUGGAACAACAACUAGUGGAACAACAACAUCUGGAACGACAACUAGUGGCACCACAACAACUAGUGGAACAACUACUACCAGCGGUACAACAACCAGUAGUGGCACCACAACAACUAGUGGAACAACCACAACAAGUGGUACUACUACUACAUCCGGAACAACAACCACAAGUGGAACAACAGGAACGACUCCAUGUGACAAGCUUGAUCUGAUGAACACAAGUGAGAACCCAUCACCACCACCAACACCAUCCGCAGUCGGAAAUGAAGCCGGCGACCCUCUGUCGGAAAUACCUUUGGAUGAGACACCCUUUGUUGACUCAGUAAAGGUCACAUCGGAAACGAUCUUCACUUCUGUGCCCUCUGAGGAAACCACCAACCCUCAGGUGACUGAGUUCCCUGUCAAAUCUUCGACUGAUGAGAUUAUCUUGGUGACUAAAGAGAUACCUGAUGGCUACACAGUCAAUGGGACACCAGUUGAUACCUCUAGCAGUACCCCAGGCACCAUUAAAAACGUGUAUCUCACUACUGUGCCAGUUACACCAAGUACAAAUCCAGUGACAGUAACCACUCCAGCUGGAAAAGACAAACCUGAAGUCUUCCAAAAGAUUGUGGGCACUGUCGACCCAAGUGAUUCUUCUCUUUAUGAAAAUCAGAAUGAAGGCAAGGAAUUCCACAGCCAUUUUAAGUGCGCCAAAGUUGUUAGACAGAAUCUCGAGAUGCACGGCUGGACGAAAUUUAGCCAGGUGAAGUCUGACCAGUGUGGGUCAUUUGUGGGGAAGCUUUCUGAGAGACCACUGCAUCAUGUGUACAUGCAGUGUGUGCAACAGAACAGCAAUCCAACCAAUUUCUUUGCCUGGAUGAAGUCGGCUGGUCUUAAAAGUGAAAGAGAGGCAUUCAUUUUGCUGCCCACGAUCAGUCACGUUCCGGUCGCAAUCGCCACAAUGUGA